CAAAAUCUCACCUGCCAUUUCCCUUGUCAAUGGAAAAUCAAAAUCCCGUCGUUGGGGUAGUGACUCAGUCAAGAAGAAUUUUAGAGUGUAGAUGAAGGAAGACGAAUAUUCGGGUCAUAAAACCGACCCACUAAGCAUUGUUUGUUUUCUUCAGUUGGAGUGUGUUGGGGAACUGAAUUUGAAGAAGAUGGAACGCAGGCAUAAUCAAACUCCGCAAGGCCAAAUAGCUAGGGUUUUGGUUGAAUUUUUGGAGGUGGCUAUUACCGCUGUUGUUUUUCUCAAUGGGGUUUAUCCUUCUGGUGCCUUCGAACGGAGAAGGUAUAGGAAUGUGGUGAUUCAAAGGGCUCGCCAUCCUCAGCUUAGAUAUUACAUACAUGCUACUGUUACUGGGCUUCUACCCUUUGUACAAAAGGGAAUGGUGGAGACAGUAGCUGUUAUUUUCUUCAAUGCUGACAAUGUUCCAUUGGAGAAAUUUGUAUUCAAGCUUGCAGUAAACCAAGCUUAUGGUUCAGAGGUGGAAGAGGUUGAUCUUGAGAUCUCUCUCAGAUCAUUUCUGAUAAAACUGUCAAACUCAAAAUCUCUUUCUAAAGGGCUGCCUCCUGAUUGCAGGUGGGAGAUUACUGCUUAUUUUCGAUCCCUACCGGAGACUGGUACAAGCAAAGAAGCAGAGUUGUGGAUCCCAACUGACACAAAACAGUGGCAGCAGCCUCCACUUAUAACCCCUAUCAAAUCAAUGAGCAGUGAACCUCUGUGUUUGCAAUUGUACUUGGAGCAUCCAAGUUUAUCAGAAUCAUUGCUUUGAGAAUAUAUAAACAUUUGUGGUAAGAAAGUAGGAACAAAAUUUCAUAGCAAAGUUUGAAAUUUGGUUGAUACUUUUGAAUGUAAUUUGGUUGUUCAAUUUUUCAAAAUUAAGCAAUUUAGAUCUAUCAUUGACAUUAUGUAAUCCUUAACAGAAAAUGUUAACACAUCUGUCAUGAUAAAUAUUGAAGUUUGUUGUUAAA